AUGGCAGACGACAGUGUACCAUUACCAUUCCCAAACUUAAAAGUACCAACAUGGUAUUAUCAAAUAAACAACAUUGAUCGAUUGAAAGAUGAGGCCAGUACUUCAUUUUGGAAAGCUGUAGAAGAGGAUGAAAUGGCACCUUAUUUACGGUCGAUUUCAUCGGAUAAAGCAGAUCUCAUCUCAACACUUGAUAAGAAAAACAAUGAAACGUUAGAAGGGUUUGAGAAAAAGUUGAAAGACGCUGAAGAAAAUCAAGGGGAUAGCGAGAUUAGUGAGACGUUAAGGGAGAAAGCUAUGUAUCUGUGUAGGAUAGGUGAUAAGGAACGAGCCAUGCCCGCUCUCGAAACAGCAUUGGAGAAAACCGCUGGACUUGGAGCUCGAAUAGACCUUGUUUUAGCCAUGGUGAGAGUAGGAUUGUUCGCUUCGGAUACACAUCUCGUAACGGCCAAUAUCACGCGAGCGAAUGAACUUAUCGAUUCUGGUGGUGAUUGGGAUAGACGUAAUCGAUUAAAGGUUUAUCGAGCAAUUCAUCAUUUAUCCAUCCGAGAUUUCAAAGAAGCUUCUGAUCUCUUAAUCGAUUCAUUAUCAACUUUCACCGCUACUGAACUGAUGGAAUAUGAAGAAUUCGUCGCUUUGACUGUAUUGGCUGCCGGGGUAGGAUGUGAUAGAAAGGCAAUAAAAGCCAAGAUCCUAUCAAGUUCAGAGGUGACAAGCACAGUAACUUCUAUACCACAAUUACAAUCAAUGGUAGAAUCAUUAUACAAAUCGAAUUAUUCACAAUUCUUCUCAUCAUUAGCAGAAGUUGAACAAACUUAUUUACUUCCAAAUCCAAUUCUAUCAACUCACGCAAGAUUCUACGUUAGAGAAAUGAGAAUAAAAGCGUAUUCGCAAUUAUUAGAAAGUUAUAGAAGUUUAACUUUGGAAAGAAUGGCAAAAUCUUUUGGUGUUUCAGAAUAUUUCAUUGACAAAGAUUUAUCAAAAUUCAUCGCUUCAGGUAGACUGAAUUGCACGAUCGAUAAAGUAGAUGGUGUUAUAACUACUCAAAAAGCAUCAAAUCAAAAUAAAUCUCUGAUUUAUGAACAGGUAGUCAAACAAGGUGAUAUCUUGUUAAGUGACAUCCAGAAAUUGCAUCGUGUAGUAGGUUAG